AUGUUGGCGGCACCAGGAGGUCAGCAGAAGUUGCAAUCGCAGCCAGCACAGGCGGGGCAGCAGCAGACACACAGUCCGCAAACGGAGGGUCCGGUGGCGGAGGCAGCGCAACAGGCGUUGACUCAAACCCCACAGCAGCAGCAGCAGCAGCAGCAGCAAGCGCAGCAGCAGCCCACGGACCCUCUGAUGCAAUCGACAGCGGAAACCUGGCUGUCAAUUGCGUCGUUGGCGGAGACGCUGGGAGACGCGGAUCGUGCGGCAAUGGCGUACGACGCCACGCUGCAGUACAAUCAGUCCUCCAUCAAGGCUUUGACGUCGUUGGCGCAUCUGUAUCGGUCGCGCGAUAUGUUCCAGCGAGGUGUUGAGCUCUAUGAGAGAGCGUUGGCGGUUAACCCGGAGCUCUCGGACGUGUGGGCAACACUUGGCCAUUGUUACUUGAUGCUCGAUGAUUUACAGAGGGCGUACAAUGCGUAUCAGCAGGCGCUAUACCACCUAAGCAAUCCAAAUGUACCGAAACUAUGGCAUGGUAUUGGCAUACUGUAUGAUAGAUAUGGGUCGCUGGAAUAUGCGGAAGAAGCAUUUGCAAAGGUUUUAGAGCUUGAUCCGCAGUUCGAAAAGGCCAAUGAGAUCUAUUUCAGACUGGGAAUCAUUUAUAAACACCAAGGCAAAUGGAACCAAGCUUUGGAAUGUUUUAGAUACAUUUUGCCGCAACCGCCUGCACCUUUGCAAGAAUGGGACAUUUGGUUUCAAUUAGGUAGCGUAUUGGAAAAUAUGGGCGAAUGGCAAGGCGCAAAAGAGGCUUAUGAACACGUGCUUCUGCAGAACGACCACCAUGCAAAAGUCUUACAACAGUUAGGUUGCUUAUAUGGAAUGAAUAAUGUUCAAUUUCACGAUCCACAGAAGGCAUUGAAUCUACUAUUAAAAUCGUUGGAGGUCGAUCCUUCAGAUGCAACAACGUGGUACCAUUUAGGUCGUGUUCAUAUGAUUAGAAGCGAUUAUACAGCGGCCUAUGACGCUUUUCAGCAGGCUGUCAAUAGAGAUUCAAGAAACCCAAUUUUCUGGUGUUCCAUUGGUGUGUUAUACUAUCAAAUUUCUCAAUAUAGAGAUGCUCUCGAUGCUUACACACGGGCGAUAAGAUUAAAUCCUUAUAUCAGCGAGGUUUGGUACGAUUUAGGUACGCUUUAUGAAACUUGUAACAAUCAAUUAAAUGAUGCAUUGGAUGCUUACAAACAAGCUGCAAGAUUAGAUCCAGAGAAUAUUCAUAUCAGAGAAAGAUUAGAGGCUCUUACGCAACAGUUGUCCAAUCCUAAUAAUAAUUCCUCAAUGGCAAAGAAUACUACUGUAAGUCCAGAUGGUACGGUGACUCUUCAACAACAAGGUCCGCCACCAAUUAUGUUACAGCCAACUUUGCAGUCAAACGAUCAAAGUAAUCCAUUGAAUAUUAGACCUCCUGCAACAGCGUUGUAUUCAAAUGGUUCCCUAGGCCAGUCACAAGCUCAACAGUUGCAAGCCCAAGCCCAAGCCCAAGCCCAAGCCCAAGCACAAGCCCAAGCCCACGCACAAGCACAAGCCCACGCACAAGCCCAAGCCCAAGCACAGGCCCAGGCCCAAGCACAAGCCCAAGCCCACGCACAAGCACAAGCCCACGCACAAGCCCAAGCCCAAGCACAGGCCCAGGCCCAAGCCCAAGCGCAUGCCCAAGCUCAACAGUACCAGGCACAAGCCCAAGCCCAAGCGCAAGCACACGCGCAUGCACAAGCACAAGCACAAGCCCAAGCACAAGCACAAGCCCAAGCGCAAGCACACGCGCAUGCACAAGCACAAGCACAAGCCCAAGCACAAGCUCAAGCUCAAGCUCAAGCCCAAGCGCAAGCACAAGCACAAGCACAAGCACAAGCCCAAGCACAUGCACAAGCCCAAGCACAUGCACAGCAUCAGCGAAUACCGGGGCAUCUUAUGAACAUGCCGCAGCAACAUUCAUAUGGACCUAUGAGUAUUACUCAGCCGACCCCACCAUCUUCGACAAUAUUACCGUUGCCAACUCAGCAACAGUCACCCCAAAACAGGCAAGUGAGUAGUUCAGGACAUGAACCUCAUAAUUUUUCAAACCAGCAAAUGUUGCAACCCUUGCCACAAUCAGCUUUGGUCAGUAAUGCUGUUGAAUCAGCAAAUCCGAUGGGUCCAAUUGUACCCCAAAAGAGACAUAUGGAUGGUAGUAUACAUACAUUAGUGAACGCAGCUGUCUCAUCCUAUUCUGGUGAAGAUCCAAAUUCAAAUGCGAGAACGGAUUCUGAUAAGAAUAAUAACGAUGGCUCAUUAUCAGAGUCUGCCCAAGUGCCAACACUACCAGCCUCUCAAAAGGUACAAAAUACAAAUAUAGAGCCCCAGCAAAAAAAACUGAAAAUAAAGAAAUCUCCAAAAAUUCCUGCACCAAAUUUAAAGAUAAAGUCAACAACUCUAAAGGAUAAAGAAAAGGAAAGGCUGGCUAGGUCAGCAAAAAAUAAUCAGGCAAAUAACACUAUUGGAGAAAAUUCGAAUGGUUUUUCAGCCUCGCCAAUUAAUCCAUAUAACUUGAAUAAGGAAAAUAAAAUUGAUGGUCCCGGAGAAUCCGCUUUACCAGUAGCUAAAGAAGUUGAAGGUAAUAAAAAUGUAAUUCCGUCCGUCACAAGCAUAAAUGAAAAAGGUUCCAGCGGUAAUGGUUCAAUGAAUUCACCUUCAAUGUCAAAAGACCAAUUGUCAGCUCUGCCUGAAGAAACGUCGGAUAAGGUCUCAAGCUCUUCAUACCCUUUUAAAAUUCCCAACAAUAAUGGCAGGGGGAAAGCCACAGAAUCGUCGAAUCAGAAUGAUCCGAGAACUGCUUCAGUGGGUCCUACCGAUAAAGAGAUCGAAAAAAGUACGCAACAAGCGUUAGAGGAUGCCAUUCGGAGACAGCGCCUGAGCAGUUCAACCAUUGAGACGGCAUCAACUGUGACAAAUCCUGACUCCGUAGACCAUACCACUGAGGAUAAAAAAUCAUCGCAAACAACUGAGAUCAGAACGUCACCCAUUGAGCAAAGACCGAAUGACCUCUCUCCAUUAGUACAGCGUCCUCCGUUACAAAACGAAAGGACUUUGUCGAAGUCAACGACAUCCAGUGGAGAUGCUCAAACUCAGGAUGAAAGUUUUAGAUCAAGCGAUGCUUCUAUCAAUACAAUUGAUGCUGCAGCUUCGGAUGUGGAAAAGAAUAAAAAAACGGACGCUGAUAUAGAAGCUGAAGUACAGCGACAGGCCGAAAUACAGGCCGACCCUCGUGAUGAUUUGAUGAAAGUAGAUUCAGAAGUGGUUACGAACGCAAAUAAAACAGAACCAGAGACAGUUAUUAAACCAAGUGCUGAAGCGAUGGAACGAUUACAAGAAGCAGCUAAACUUCGUGAAGAAGAAGAACGUGAAAGACUGGAGCAAGAACAACUGAAUAAGAAAACUCAGCCCGAUGAUAAUAGUUUGACAAGAUCUAGCAUUGUAAGACAAAUUGAGGAAGACGAAAAUUAUGACGAAUAA